AUGCCCGAGACUGUGAUCGACGAGAAAGACUUGCUCCUCGAGCGCUACGAUAAUGUCUUCGUUCUUACUAUGCGGAAGGCGCCCGAAAAUCGAAUCAACAGUGCAUAUGCACAGAAGCUGAUUUCUGCAUACAACGCGGUGCGAAAGCUAUUAGGCGAGGAUGCUGAGGGCGCAGUUAUCACGAAAGGCAACGAUGCGAAGUUCUGGUGCACAGGUCUGGAACUUGAUGAAGCUGAUGGCAAUCCAUACGCCAACUCUGAGGGAUUCUACCCACUACUUGCCACCAUUGUCGACUUUCCAUUUCCGACCAUAGCUCUUAUCACAGGACACACUUUCGGUGGUGCAGGACCUUUUGCAUUGAGCCAUGACUAUCGUGUCAUGAACAGCAAGCGAGGCUUCAUUUCUAUGCCUCCGGUGAACUUGGGCUUGCAUUUCCCCGGCAUUGGAGCUCUUCCCAGACUAAAGCUUAGACCUCAGGUAGCACGCAAGAUGCUGCUCGAAGCUCAUAAAUGGACAGGAGAGCAAGCGCUGGAGGAUGGCAUUGUCGACGAGAUUGCAGAGCCAGAAAAGAUGCUCGAUGUAGCUCUGGCCCUCGCCAGGCGCUUAGCGCCAAAGGCGAAGAUGGGGGUAUUCAGUCUGCUGCGAAAUGAGCUGUACGGUGAUGCGGCGAAGGCCUUCAGGGACAUAUCGUACAUUCACGGCACAAGGGUGGGCAGUCCGGCAAAAGCGAAGAUAUGAUCAAUUCGAUAUAGCGCUGCAAGCGGUCAUAGCGGCCCAACAAGGCGGAAGCUUGGCAAUCACGC